AUCCGCUCUUACCGUCCACCUGCGCAACGAUUACGAGUCCCUAUUUACCUCUCGAAAACAGUUACCCGGAUGUCUCAGCAUAAACCCGAGCCUGCCUACCCUAAACUUCUCAACCUCGACACGAAAAGGCAAACGCCUUCCACUGGCGGUCUCGCCCCGACUCCUGUCAUCACUCCCACUCUUACGGAGCACACGACGGAAAUUGGCGCAGGUGCAAAUACACCGCCAUACGCCUCGACUGCGACUUCAAUGACCCCAUGCGACAGAAGUUGCUGCUACAAUGUCAACCCUUCAUACGGACACGUAACGGAUAUGAGUCCUCUGUCGUCUCCUUCAUCAUAUGCCCAUGCACCAGAAAAACCAUCAGACGACCAAGGGAGCUACGAAUAUCCCUUUGGAUUUUCGAAUGGCUACCACGGCGCCUCUCCUCUCAUCAACAACAAAAACAUCUGCGAAAAAGAUGUAAGCGUGGGGUACAGUCUGACAGACUGCAAAUGGCGACUACUAGACGUGCUUAACGCGCUUCUAUACGCAUUACUGCUCCUCGGGGUGGUGCUCAAUGUGAACGUUAGGGUCGGCUGGUGGGUUACUGGAAGAGAUGGAAAUGGUGGUGGCGAGGAGCGGAGUAUGCUGCAAGGAGCCAGCGGAUGUGACAGUGACGGUUGUGGAGGGGGGAGGAUGGGUGGGGUGGUUUUGGAUACGAUACGGGAGAGGCGUGAGGUACGUCUCCGUUAGCCGUUGAUACACUUGACAUGUAAAGAACGAAGGGGUGGGCUGAUGUUUUACGAUUUAGGUGCAGAUCUG